AUGAAUAAAAUUGUACACAAAGUUGCUGAGGCAUUUAGGAAAAAUGGAGUCCCCCGUACCAAGUGGCUAAAUCCGAAGACUAUUUACGGGCUUGCCAAUCAAAAGUUACUGGGUUCUGUAGAGGCUCCCCAUGCACAAGGAACAGGUCUCAAUACAGUACCUCAAGUUGAACAUUAUACUAAGGCAUGUAGAACUAAACAGAGAGAUAUGGUGCGGUCCUACCUUGAAGCUACAGGUAGCACGCACUUUGCCAGGUUAAAUACGCCUGCUUAUAAUAAGUCAAGUGCGCUAGAAUUUUACGCAAAGCUGAAAGCACUACAGCGAUAUACUGAGGGGGAGGAAGUGUUAUUUCAGAUGUCGAGUGUUGAAGUUAGAGAGAUAAUUUCCCGCCUGGUGAAGCUAACACAGGAAGGAGACCAAAUCCCCGAUGAACAGCGACGAUUUCCCACCGAACUAUUCAUGGACGUAGCACCUGUACCAAAUUUUAAUGAUGAUCCAGGCAUACUAGAACAGUAUAUCGGCAUUUUAACGCAUUCAGCAUUUUACUACCAUAACACAUCAAAGAUAGACCCCAUUCCGCAUAUAUUGAGGGAUCUUUUGCAUCCCCAGAAUGAAAAAACCGCAUCGCUGCGUACAACAACCAUGUUUAAUGAUCUCAUAUACUACUUCGGCAAGAAGUCGGACUAUGCUUCCUGUCGAGAAUACUACAGUCAGAUGAAGCUGGAAAAAAAAACACCGAACAUCGAAACGUAUCGAUUGCUCUUCCUAAACCUCUUGAAGAACAUGCAGAUUCCGAAGAAGCAACUUCCAUACAAGGAGAUGAUUUUCUAUCUCAAUGAUAUGGAGAAAUUUGGCGUUCCCGCCGACGCAAAGAUAUGGGCUUAUUGUUAUCAUUUGCUGGUUGAGAGCGUUUCCAAAAAACUGCUACUCGAAAAAAUGAUACAACACAAUGCGCCCAUCUCCCCAGACUUCAUUGUCAGUAUAUUGCGUACCCUGGAUGUGGACUGCAAGGCUAUACUAGAGUUUGCAAAGGAGUACUCUAUUCCUUUUACCCCGAAGUUGCUGCGGUUAUGCAUUAGCAAACUCUGCAAGGAAUACAAAUUUGAAUCUGCCUGGCAACUACUCACUUCACUGUGUCGAAGCACGGAUGUUGUCACUACUGGCUCUGUUAAUAUCCUACUGAAUGCUGCCGCUGAGAAGGGACGGUUAGAUCUCGCAGUGCUGACCUAUAACUCAAUGAAAGUUCAGCUAGGUGUUACUCCUGAUCUUCGUACCCAUCGCCUAAUUUUCAAAGCAAUGGCUAGGAACGGUUACCAUGAAAAUUUCCAGGAUGUCUAUCAUUGGGCCGUAUGGAGCAUGAAGCGCAGUACUUCUGGCUGGUUUGUUCAUGACGCCUGGUCCCGGCGAUGUGAGUCCAUGAUAAAGCAAAAAUGCGGCAGUGUCACGCCUCCUACUACGGAGAACAUGGAGAAGGUUGCAGCUAUAUUGCACAGAGGUGUCUGGGAUAACAGAGGCCUGUUUAUACGCUGCUGGGGGGAGUAUAAAGAAUUGCGCCACGUCUUCCGCCUGCUGGGGUCUAUUCCGCCCGCAUACAAAGGAAAGACCGCUUAA